AUGAAGUUCUCUGUUUUGUUGCUCUUCGCUAUUUUUAUGCAAGUUUAUGGAUUUUCCUUCCCUAGAGUCUAUGACACAAAAGCUGAAGGAUGUGUUAAUGGAAGAUGUGGACCACAUUGUGAUGUGAGAGGUGUAAAAAUAUUUCCAGGAGAAGAAUACAACUGGCCAGGAAAAUGUCAGAAAUUAUAUUGUACUGACCACUUUACAGUACAAUUCUCAACAUGCGCAGAAUUUGAUAUAUACGAUGAAUACAAUUUUGUUGGAAGAGAUUUUUCUAAACUUUUUCCAGAAUGCUGUGGAACAAGAAGUACAAAGAAACGUUACAACGAUUUUGAUUGAAUUUUGUAGUUAAAUUGUAUGAUUACAGUUCAAUUAAAUUUCCAUCUGCUUAAAUGUACAAUCGAAAUGAAUAAAUUUAAAUUUUUUUUGUUUACCUUCUGUCAAUGACAAAAUUCAGGUUUUCUGUAAAGAUUAAUAAUAUUAAUAAAAAACUCAAUCUAUAUUGAACAAGGUCGACAUCGAG